ACAGUUUGCAGCAAUUUAUUUGUGAAUUUAUUAUUUACAUUUUUUUUGCCAAAUUCAUGGCCCCUUUUUUCAUCUACACUUUGCUAACUUAACAAAAUCAUUCAAGAUGAUGGAAGGACUGAAUAAUCUGGGGCAGGAGGAGUACAUUUGGGCAAUGCGGGAAAACACUGCCCUUAAUAAUGAAUCAGACGAACAGUUUACUAAAUCUCGCCUGCCUGCUCUUGGAGCAAGAAAAUCUAGAUACAUGGUGGAAAUAUUGCAGCGUAAUGAUGAUCAGACUAAAUUAAUGGCUUCUCUAGUCCCGGACGAAGUGAUAUAUAACGUAGACGACUACAGCCACAGAGAGUACGACGCUUGUUUUCUUUUCGGUGACGUUUCCGGUUUUACAGAACUAUGUGAAAAAUACAGCCAGACCGGAAUUUCGGGACCGUCGAGACUGACUCAAGUCUUAAACAAAUAUCUAGGCUCUAUGGUUCAGGAGGUUUUAUCCCACAAUGGUGACAUUUUGAAGUUUUCUGGUGACGCGUUUCUCUCUAUCUUCAAAUGUUCCGAAACUGAAAGCAUGCGAGACGCUGUUCAUGAAGCGGUUGACUGCGCUCUAGUCAUUCAGAAGUCAUAUGGUUCUUACAUCACGGAUGUCGGAGUGAAGAUACGAGUGAAAUUGGCGAUUUCUGCGGGUCCGGUGACUUUCGCCCUCAUCGGAACAAAGACUACGUCCCAUUACGUCGUGGUAGGAAACCCCAUUUGGGACGUCAAAGCAGCCGAGCAUAUAAGCAGCCCCGGAGACAUCAUAGUGGCACAAGCGGGUUGGCACUACAUCAACCCCACCGAAUAUCUUUUCACUGACAUGCCUGACGGUAUCCAUGUUAAGAUCACUGGUAUUGGAGCUAACUGGCGUAGUGUCCAGAAAAAUGUGCGCCACCAACAUUUAGAUGCAAGUAGAGAUGACAUGAGUUCGUCGACUGGUUCUUCAGAGACUGACGAUUUGAAUGAACCAGAAGGGGUACCACCAAUGGAUGAGUUUUCCUUACGACCGGCGGUGAAUUUGGCUGUUCGCCUUGAAAUUAAAGAACCUUUAAGACGGUUUAUCAUAGCGCCAGUGAUGAAAAGUAUAGACAUGGAUGAACCGUUCGAGUACUUGACAGAAAUGAGACUGGUUACCAUCGUGUUCAUUAAUGUAAUUUCAAUCAAACUUCAGAACGAAGCAACGGUGGUAUUGGCGGACCAGACUUACAAGGCUGUGUGCAGCGUGGUGGACAAAAUGAACGGCUGCGUGAACAAGGUUUCCCUUUUCGACAAGGACUUAAUGUUCGUUGUUAUUUUUGGUCUGCGUGGACUUAAACACGAGUUAGAGUGUCAAGUGGCCUUAAGAUGCGCUAGGGAAUGUCAUACCGCUAUAAGCCAGCUACCAAACGUGUUGUCGACUUCUAUUGGAGUUACCACCGGUAAAACUUAUUGUGGUGUAUUCGGUCACACUCUUCGUCGAGAGUACACAGUAAUCAGCCUCAUAGUUAACAAAGCAGCUCGACUGAUGGUAUCUUACCAAGGCAAAGUUACUUGUGACAAAGAAACCUUCCUGCACAGUAAACUAGAAGCAAGACAUUUCAUUCUACAAGAAUAUAAGCCACUGAAAGGAAUUUCCCACCCUGGACCAGUUUACGAGUUUAGAGAAAUCGACAUAGCACAUGACCAAGUUCAAAGAAUAAACACCUCUCCCCUACUGGGAAGAAACGAAAAACUAAAAGUGUAUCACCGUAUACUGGAAGCAUUUCGAACGGCAAAACCUGACGAAGAACAGCGAUACAAAAUGUUUUUGAUUAAAGGUGAAGCUCGACAAGGAAAAACGCGCGUUUUAGAUGAGAUUGUCUAUACAACCCCGGAAGACAUUCCAGUGAACAGAUUCAAGUUGACAAAAGCAGACCAGAAGAAACCCUAUCAGGCAAUCAAACUGAUAUUCACCCUUGCAAUACCACUACGUCCAGAACUAACAACAACACAAAAAGAAGAAAAAUUGUGUAAAGUCUUAAAGAAAACUGAAAUUUUCGAAGUGAUAUGCGUUCUAAAUGACAUAUUUGGUGUCAACUUUAAAAAAACCGAGCUGUAUUUGUCGUUAAAACCACACGAACAACGCCUGAUUUUGCGCAAAAUGAUCAAACUUCUAGCUCACGUUAGUUUUGUGAAAGCGUGGGUGCUGGCAAUUGACGACUGUGAAUUUAUCGACAACCAGUCGUGGGAAGUGUUUAAUGUUUUGUUUGAGACGAGAAAGCUUUUCAUCGUUGCUACAAUAUCGCGAGAAAAGCUUAAUAAAUCUCCUGUUUCUCGGCAAGUUCUUAGUGACACGCGCGUUAAAAUGUUGGAACUGCAGCCCAUCCCACGGUUGUACUUGGGAGCGCUGGCUUGCCAAAUUUUGGACGUGUAUGCUAUAUCUCCAGAGUUAGAGAAUGCUGUGCAAACUAAAAGUAAUGGCAAUCCUGGGUGGGUGGAGAGUUUUUUGAUCAGUCUAAUUCAAGAUAACGCUUUAUACAUUUUAAAAGCCACGUUGAGACAAAUACACGAUCUAGGGUUAGUGUGUCCUCCGCUGUAUAUGAUGGCAAGAUUGGACAGGGAAGAGACACUUAAAUGGCAAAACAUAAUGGAGGAAAGUAGAGCGGCUGGAGAAACCGACAACUGGCAAAGAUACAUCGACAGUUGCCGAGAUAGUUUUCUAAAUGUCACCAUAAGAGAACAAAUGGAAGCCAUUUCUAAAGGAGGUAAAGUGCCGAUUUGUGUGAUUGGUCCAAAUUUUUCUGCCAGCGCUAAAGACAUGGAACUAUCGGUAGAGGCCAUGAUACUCAAGACAUUUGAUUCUCUCAAUUUCUACGAACAGUUGAUGGUUAAAUGUAGCGCAACUUUGGGCUAUCAAUUUUUUCGACAGAUGUUAAUGUAUGUCACGUCUUCAACUAACCGCAGAAAGUUCGCCGCUGCCGUUGGAAAACUCUUCCAAAUAAAAGUUUUAACUUGUGCGGCGGGGGAUUUUCUAGAAGAUGGUACAUUCGUGUUCAGAGAAAAACUACUGAAUCCUAUGGAAAAAAAGGAACUGACUUGUCAGUGCAGGGGUAUACGUGUUGAUGAUGCAUGCCAGGGUCUUCCUAGAUACGCUUCAUGUGGCUAUAUGCAAUUUAGAUCGUCUUUAUUUCGCGACAUUACCUACAAUCUUUUGACUGAUAAUCAAAAGAAGGAAUUCCAUCAAAGAGCCAUCAAAUACCUGCAACGAGAGACGCGUAAAUGUAAAGCUUGCGGUAAAGGCUUCUUUGAGAACAUUCUAGGUGACAAACAAGAUCAGGAAUUCCUAUUGGUUAGAAAUAAAACUCGAAAUGUCGUGCCGACUUACAAAUUUGAUACAAGAUUGAGCGAUAAAGAGGAGUCAUUAAAUGGGUCAAUACAUUCCGGCAGCUUGAUAAUGCCUCACUCGAGUAGUAUUUCUAGCGGUAGCAGCUUGAAAGUUAAGAAGUUACAGGAUUAUAAACGGCCUAGGCAGUUUUUAAAAAUGAACCUGCAAGUUAAAAAAUCUCACGAAUCCUUUUUCGGGGUUUCGAUGAUCCACAAACUUAAAAACAGUUAUUCUUUGACAAGGGCUUUUUCGCAAGAAGACUUCAGUAACUGUGACUGUAAUCUCAUUCUAAGCACAGUCUAUGGUCAGCUCAUCGAGCACUGCAAGGGUGCAGGGGAUCUAAACAUGCUCAUCCAGGCAAUGUUGGCUUAUGCGUACGUCUGCAUCGCCUUGUCUAACAUUCCACUCGCGAUGACCACAUUAGACGAAUCAUUGGACGCUCUGAGACUCAAAUGCCUCGAAAAGAGUGAAAAUAUGUGGAAGUUUACCUUACUUCGUGCGAAAAUUUUUAUCUUGAUCGGGUACGCGCGGAUGGAAAUGGGUCACUUAGAUAAAGCCCAUGACAACCUCCACAUGGCUUUAAAUGAAUACGGAAUCAGAUUUCCUACAGGACUGAAGCGACGGAUGAAAGCUUGCGUUUUCCAAUUUCGACAGUAUUUAGGUUUCUAUGUUUGUCCGAACUUGAUGCUCAGAAAUUUAGACCACUGGGAAACGGUGUACUCCAAUAAUCUCUCUGAAUGUUUAUCACAUCUGUGCACUCUGUACAUGAUAAGGAAAGAGUGGGAAAAUGCAGAACUGGCCGCUAUUUGGAGUUUAUCCAAAUGUUUACAGUCUUUCAGUGACUUUAAAGUAAUGUGUGUAGCUUGUUCGAAUAUGAUUUUCAUAGCACAGCACUACGAAAGAUGGAGACUGUGUAUAGCGCUAGAAAUUUAUUCAUCACGAUUGUGCCAUAUAAAAAAGGAUGAAAACAUGCUAGCUAAAGAUCUUGAAUGUAUUGCGAAAUUGUACAGUGUCAUCUUCGUUUCACGGAUAAGCCAGACACACUUUGAAAAGGCUAUACAAAUGGGUUACAUCGUUUUAAGACUGAGUAAUGCAAUUCGCGCCCCUAAGGUUGUUCUUCCUUUGUUGCCCCAUUUGGUUUAUGCACUUUUGAUAGGAAAACUUUUCGGUAGUGCCUCGAACAUUAUGUCGGAGAUGAAUGAACUCUCUGAAGAAGAUCCUGAUAUUCUUACAAAAAUGUGGUACUACGCUGAAGCUCUGGGCUUGCUGAUAGAAACCGGACACACUGUUGUUUCGUACAACACGUGCGAAAACUUCUAUAAAAUAGAAGGCGGUUCUUGGAUCACCAGGUUGCAUCCUGACGCUGGAAGACGAUUUUGUAGUGUUAUGUGGUUAUGGUGCAUACGAAACGAGCACUGGGAAGCCGCCUUACUCUGGGCUAACGUAAUGGAUGAUUUUUUUGACGUCACUCACAACGACUCUUUGGCAAAUAAACGUUCGGCAUUGUAUGUGUUAGAAGGGUUACUUUUGCACAUGGUGUCAAAAAUGGAUAAACGCAAUAUGCCGGCUGUUCAAAACAUCGAAAAAGAAAUUAAUACUUUAAUUAAAUCUCUAGAAAAAGCGUCAAAGUCGAGCAAAAUUAUUCUGCCCAGGUUGUAUCAUCUAAAGGCGUAUUACAGAUACAUUCAACACAGUGACAUAAGUGUACUUGAGUUGCUAAACAAAGCAAAUCAUUAUGCGAAACAACAAGGGAACUUGUUGGAACUGGAUUGGAUCGAGCACUCGACCAAAGCCUGGAAUAACGACCUACUGCUCGCCGAGGUAAAUUUCUGGAAGGAACAUUCUGAAUUUGACAACGCGAUUGAUUUCGGUGAUCUUGAUAUGAGUGAAAAAAUCGGAUUUUUCACUUUACCCACUCCAGAAUACCUGUGAAAUAAAAUGAUCGCAGUCCUGUCCCAUCUGUAAAGAAAAUUCACUUGACAUUGUCACAUUGUACAUGUAUAUGCAUAUUUUAUUAAAUUUUUUAGGAUUAAA